UAAAUAAAAUUAAAAAUACUAAAAACCUUAAAAUGUGUUUCAUCCUUCCCCGCAAACAAACCCACCCGAUUCUCUCAAUAAGACAACACCUUUCUUCCUCAAAGACUCAAUUUGCAUUCCAAUUCCAUUCAUCCACACACAACACAACAUAAUCAUCAUCUUAAAUUCACUUACCCACGAUUCAAUGUUCUAUUCUCUCUCUUCAAUUCUCUAAAAAAAAUCCCAUUUUUUUCCUUAAAUUUUUCAACCCAACAAUCAAAUCAAGUAACCAACCUUGUUUCCAUGGCUGCUACUGCUGCUUUUCGAUCCAAACCUUCAAAUUGCAAAGAAAAAGCAACUCUUGCUUUAUCCCAGUUAAGAUAUUUCGCUUUCAAUUACACAUACGCUGGUGGUGGUGGUGGUGCUAAUUCUCACUCUCCACCACGUUCACCGUUAAUCAAUACUCCUUAUCAUUUCACUUCCUUCAAACCCCUUUCUCUCCGUGGUGAUUUCACUCAAAACAAUCAAAAGGGUAGUACUAGUAGUAGUAAUAGUAAAACUGGUUCAACAACCCUUUUACAAGACCCUAAUGAAAACCCUAAUCAUGUUCCUUAUGAUAGAACAGCUUAUAGGGUUCUUGUUAAUUCCUUUGGGGAUCCUCCUGAAGUUUGGUCUGGUGGUGGAAUGGUUGUUCGUCCAGGGAAUUCUGGUUUUGAUGUUUCUGGUGGUGGUGGUGGUGGUGGUAGUGGUGGAGGUGGUGCUGCUAGCUCCGGUGGCGGUGAUUCGGGGAAUCUGAAAGAUGGGUGUUGGGGUGGGUCUAAUUUGGGAGGUAGUUUCCCUACACCAAAGGAGAUUUGUAAAGGGCUUGAUAAAUUUGUAAUUGGACAAGAGAGGGCUAAGAAGGUGCUUUCUGUGGCAGUUUAUAAUCACUAUAAGAGAAUAUCUCAUGAAAAGUCCUGGCCUGCAGGAGAUUUAAGUAAUGAUGUUAAAGCUGAUGUUGUUGUUGUUGAUGAUGAUGAAGAAGUUGAACUUGAGAAAAGCAAUAUCCUUUUAAUGGGGCCAACUGGAUCAGGGAAGACAUUACUUGCCAAAACCUUGGCUCGGUUUGUAAAUGUUCCAUUUGUUAUUGCAGAUGCAACUACACUCACUCAGGCUGGUUAUGUUGGAGAAGAUGUGGAGUCCAUAUUAUACAAGCUCCUCGCGGCCGCAGAUUAUAAUGUGGCUGCUGCACAGCAAGGCAUUGUUUACAUUGAUGAAGUUGACAAGAUUACCAAAAAGGCUGAGAGCCUUAAUAUCAGUAGAGAUGUCUCUGGCGAAGGUGUUCAGCAGGCAUUACUGAAGAUGCUUGAGGGAACGGUUGUCAAUGUUCCUGAGAAGGGAGCUCGAAAGCAUCCAAGAGGUGACAAUAUUCAGAUAGACACAAAGAACAUACUUUUCAUUUGCGGAGGAGCCUUCAUUGACUUAGAGAAAACAAUUUCAGAAAGGCGCCAAGAUUCUUCUAUUGGAUUUGGAGCACCUGUACGUGCAAAGAUGAGGACUGGAACUAUCACAGAGGCUGCUAUUGCAUCAUCAUUAUUAGGAACUGUUGAAAGCAGUGAUCUUAUCGCAUACGGUUUAAUACCUGAAUUUGUUGGACGAUUUCCUAUUCUUGUCAGCCUGUCAGCUUUAACUGAGAAUCAACUCAUUCAGGUCCUCACAGAACCGAAGAGUGCUCUAGAGAAGCAAUACAAGAAGACGUUCAAAAUUAAUGGAGUGAAACUACAUUUUACGGAAAAUGCUCGUAAAUCAAUUGCAAGAAAAGCAAUGUCUAAAAAUACUGGUGCUCGGGGCUUACGAGCAAUAAUUGAGAAUGUUUUGGCAGAUGCUAUGUAUGAGAUUCCCGAUAUCAGAACAGGCGACGAUGUUAUAGAUGGUGUCGUUGUUGAUGAAGAGUCCAUUGAACUUGGAAGUGACGGCUUGGUGAGAGGUGCUAAAAUCCUUUAUGGUAAAGGUGCAUUGGAUCGUUAUCUUUCCAAAGAGAAGAACGAUUCAGAGACAACGGAGGUUUCUGGUGGAGAUCAACAAGAAGCCGAGACAGAACUUCCUUCCAUUGUUGCCAGCAUGUAAUCAAAUCCGUCGGUGAUAUUUAUUGUAGUUUAUCUUUGUACAUAAUAACUAGUUGGUACAUUUGAUGAUAAAAUAAUAUAAAAGGGUUAGAUUCAGAUUGCCCCAUGUGGAUUAGGUCGAAAUCAAUGUACUAUAAGAGUAGUUUCAAGAGUGACCUCCCAUGGCGAAGUUAGUUUCAUAAAAGCACAAAUCAUAGUGAGGUAAACUAAAUGUCACAUACAUCUCUUAAAUGUGAUGAGGAUACCUUAUUCAUUGAUGUAAUCUUGGGGCAAAAAUGGUGGAAGGAACAAAAAUUGUAUAUCAUUAUAUGAUGAUUCCCAUGCGUUCUUUAUUUUGUUGCAAA